UUCUGCUCAGCACACUCCAGAGGAAUGGUAGCCGGCUACUUCUCCAGGCAACACUUUUUGGAUUAACUUGCUAACGUCAUUUGGCAGCCGGUUGUUCCGUUAAAAUAAUGAAUUUACUACCGUCAAAUCCUCACGGGAAUGGGCUCCUUUAUGCUGGAUUUAACCAGGACCAUGGAUGCUUUGCCUGUGGAAUGGAGAAUGGAUUCCGUGUGUACAACACAGAUCCUCUUAAAGAGAAGGAGAAACAAGAGUUCCUGGAGGGCGGGGUCGGCCACGUGGAAAUGCUGUUCAGGUGUAACUAUUUAGCUUUAGUGGGAGGAGGAAAGAAACCCAAAUACCCGACCAACAAAGUGAUGAUCUGGGACGAUCUGAAGAAGAAGACAGUAAUCGAGAUCGAGUUCUCGACAGAAGUCAAAGCGGUGAAGCUUCGGCGUGACAGGAUCGUGGUGGUCUUGGACUCGAUGAUCAAAGUGUUCACCUUUACCCACAACCCCCAUCAGCUGCACGUGUUCGAGACCUGCUACAACCCCAAAGGUCUGUGCGUGCUGUGUCCGAACAGCAACAACUCUCUGCUGGCGUUCCCCGGGACUCACUCAGGCCACGUUCAGAUAGUGGACCUGGCCAACACAGAGAAACCUCCAGUUGACAUCCCAGCCCACGAGGGGGCGCUGUGCUGCAUCGCCCUGAACCUGCAGGGCACGAGGAUAGCUACUGCAUCAGAGAAAGGGACUCUCAUUAGAAUUUUUGACACGUCCGCCGGUCAGCUCAUACAGGAGCUGAGACGAGGCUCACAGGCAGCCAACAUUUACUGCAUUAACUUCAACCAAGACGCGUCCCUCAUCUGUGUGUCCAGUGAUCACGGGACAGUGCACAUCUUUGCAGCUGAGGACCCAAAAAGAAACAAACAGUCGAGCUUGGCAUCAGCCAGCUUUCUCCCCAAAUACUUCAGCUCCAAGUGGAGCUUCUCCAAGUUCCAGGUCCCCUCAGGCUCUCCAUGUUUGUGUGCCUUUGGAACAGAGCCCAACGCUGUCAUAGCCAUUUGUGCUGACGGCAGCUACUACAAGUUCAUGUUCAACCAGAAGGGGGAAUGUUCCAGAGACGUCUACGCCCAGUUCCUGGAGAUGACCGACGAGAAAAUAUGACCUUUGACCCCCCCCCUCCCCCCCCUUGCAGACUGACUUAUUGCACACCCUGUUUUCUUUUUUUUUCCUUUUCUUUUUUUGUGGAGGGAGGAUAGUUCCCGCGCUGGCUGCACUUGUCUUUAUCUUGACAGACUCUGUUGUAAAGAGCAUCAGAUGAAGGGGGGACGGAGAAAGAGAAGCACAGACUCAAGGGAGAGCAAAGAACAAAUGGACAUAGACUCGUGAGGACGGUCUCUGGACAGAGGGACACGGGUGCUGACUUGACUCCCAAAACCAAACACACACACACACACACAAAAAAAAGAGGGAAAGCUAUUUUUGUUUUUUGUUUUUGAAAGGACAACUCCGCUUUUUAAGACGUCUUCCAAGGACUUUACAAUGGAUGGCUAUUUUUAAUCACAUAGAUGAUUCCUGACAGGCAGACGAAUUGAAAACAUUGAGAUUUUUGUCAACUAACACCACCUAGCCUAACUAUAGGGAGUGCCUCUGAACUGAGUCGAGACUGGAGAGAAUCUGUACGUGUUCACAUUAUUAUCGUCGUCAAGUAUACAUACGUGUUCGUGUAUAUACAAAUGUACCAUAAUCGGCGUUCGCUAAGCAGGAUCGGAACCAACUACCUUACACUGUUUUUUUUCCCCCCAGCUGUGAACAUCAGUGAAGGAACACCUGGAAACAUUUGAAGACACCAAUCCUGCGUUGCUAAACGUCACCUUUAGUAUUACUAGAUUUUCUUAUAUUCACUGUAUAAACACGAAGCGCCAGACUGAACUUUAACUACAUAGAAUUGUACAGAAUAGUAGCAAGAAAAAAAAAAACCUGAUCGUUUUUUGUUUUGUUUCACUGCUUCCUUUUUUUUCAUAAAUUGUGCAAUAUGUUUUUUCCCUAAUUUUUUUUCUUCGUAAAAGGGCUUUAAAAUUUGAGUUUGUAUCUAAAGAUGAAUGCUUAAAGAAAUAGUUGGAGGAAAUAUGUUUUAUUCGUUUUAUUUUUCAAGAGCUAGAUCAGAAGAUUGUACGCUAAAUAUGAAGCUACAACCAUUAGCUAGCUUAGCAGAGAGAAUGGAAAUGGGGGAAACGGCUAGAGCGCAAAGUUCACAAACCAUAUAUUGUAUGUUUUGUUCUUACAAAAAGUGAAUGAUUAAACAUGUGAUGGACUUUUUCUUGGCCAAGUUAGACAAACAAAAUAUAAUGUGUUGCAUAGUGAUCUUAAGAAACGUUGGUAGGCGAAUUUAGAGCCAGGCUAGCCGUUUCCUCCCAGCUUUAUGCUAAGCUAGGCUAACCAGAUGCUAGUUUUAGCUUUAUGUUUACCCUACAGGUAUGUGAGGCGUCAAUCUUCUCGUCUAACUCUCGGGAAGAAAGUUAAAAAAGCGUAUUUUUUCCAAUAAUGUCCAACUAUUUUUUUUAUGUUUGCUGUUCCACCCGAACAAGAGAACUUAAGAGCCAAACACAGUUUCCAUCUUGAAUGACAAAGAUGAGACUCAGUAAAUUUUGUUCUUAACAGCCCAGAUCAACUGUAAAAAAUGUGAAUAUUUCAAACUUGAUUGCACUUCAUGAUUAAUGUUAAGACAUUAGCAGCCCGAUAUGAUUACAUCAGAAAUGAUCUGAAGGAUGCUUACUGCACACAUCCUGUUUGUUGGCCAGUGUGGCUCUCCAGUCACAGCUCUAGGGUACAUUUUUGUUUAAAUCCCGGCAAACGCUCAUCACUUUUAGAGUGUUUUUUGUAUGUCAGCGUGUCUCUGUAAAUCACUUCACCCCGCUUCUAACAGCAUAGAUCCAUUCAGCUAACACAAAUCAGGGAAUCUGAAGUGCUUUGUUGAACUCUGUCGCCAUAAACAAGGAAGGUCUGUUCAGGUGUGUAUCCACCACAGUUAGACCCUGUGUGUAAGCAGAACUGUGUUAAUUUAUCAUAUGUUUUCAUUCAUGUUAUUUGACAGCAGUUUUGUUGAUUUUUAGCGCAAAAACACAUUUUCGUUUGUGUCGCUUUCUGCUUCAGAUUGUACAUUUGCAGGUUCCCCACACACACACACACAUACAGCACUUGGCGGUCACUGACUACAGGAGGGAUGCUGCACAAAACUGCAAAGCCAACUUGUUUCUGACACAUUUGGAAUGAUUGUAAAAAAAAAAAAUAAACCCGCAUUUAAAUUUGUGAAUAAAAUUUAACACCUGCUUUUACAGUUAAAAUUUACGAGCUCUUUUCAUGCUUGUUGAAAGUGUGUAGCUUCAGGCUCGAUAACAUCUGAUAGCUU